AUAAAGACGAUUAGGUCCGACCCUUGGCGCCUCUCCUUUGCGAAUCUAGGGUCUGGGCCAGGUUUCGUCUCCCAGGCAAGGCUCGCUGCUCUCCCGUUAUCGGCGAAGGCGCUGCGGGCGGCACCCCGAAAAGGUUUCGGGUUCGACGGUAUCCAGAAGGUCGGCGCCGCGUACAUGGCCUUUUAUUUACAUCCAUACCAACGUCGUCCGGCCCAAAUACGAUCCUCAUCUUCGAUCUUGUGAGAGAGCGAGAGGGAGCCAGCGAGGGUGGGGGGAGAGCGGCGGAACAACGGAGAAGCAGCAACGCCCUCGGCGAACCAUGGUCGAGGGGACUGUUAUAGCUGUUUGCCAGUUUGGCGGCGAUUUCGUCCCGAAUGAUGAUGGAACUAUGUCUUACAGUGGUGGAGAAGCUCAUGCACUAGAUAUCAGCCGUGACAUGAAGUUUGAUGAUCUCAAGUCAGAAUUAGCAAGUAUGUUUAACAUUGACAGUAGUCACUUGUCUAUCAAAUACUUUCUUCCAGGCAACCAACGAACUCUUAUCACGAUAUCUAGUGACAAAGAUCUAAGGCGCAUGGUUGAUUUUAAUAUGGGUUCUAUAACAACAGACCUAUACAUCUCAAGUAAGAUUGACAGCAGGACUGUAUUCUUUUCUAGGGCACACAGAAAUAUUGCAGCUGACUCAGGUACCUCUAUAGUUGACAAAGUUGGUGCUGUCUGCAAUGUCAGAUCACAGAGGCUUGCAGCUGUCAAUGGAGGUAGCAAAAGGGUGCCUAGGGGUAGGAUUUCUGUGGUAGGUGCAAAUACCCAUAAAGUUGCGACUGGUUCUACUGUUCAAAAUAUUAGACAGUUGGAAGUAAACACUGCAGGAAAAAGUAAUGGGAGGAUUGUUGCAGCUGAUUCAGUUACAUUUUCUGCCUCUUCCCCAACUGCGGACAUUGUUGGACAGCAAAUAUUAGUCGCUGAUGACAAUGUUGAAGACAGGGCAACUCAGAGAUCCCUAGCCGACUCAAGCACUCCUAUCAUCAUGGCUGUAGAUGCUGCUGAGAAUGCUGGACCACAGUCUGCUCCUUGGGAUUGUGUUAUUACUGAAGUUGGGCAAGAAUUUGAUAAUGUGAAAGCCUUUCGUGAUGAACUGUGUAAAUAUGCUUUUGUCAAAGGUUUCGCAUACAAAUAUAUAAAGAAUGACAAUGUUCGUGUUACUGUUAAAUGCACUGUAGAGACUUGUCCAUGGCGGAUACAUGCAUCAGGGUCCGCUCGUAAGCAGAAGUUUAUGAUCAAGAAAUUCAACAAUGUACACACAUGUGGAGCAGGAAGUGGUGAUGAUGGUCACCAGCGAGCAACAAGGCAUUGGUUAGCAAGUAUUGUAAAGGAAAAACUACUUGAUAAUCCACAAUCAAAGCCCAGAGAUAUUGCAAGAGAUAUUUAUCAAGAUUAUGGAAUUAAUUUGAACUAUACUCAAGCUUGGCAUGCAAAAGAGGCUGCCCAGAAAGAGCUUCAUUUCUUGCAUGAAGAAGUAUGCAAUCAGUUGCCUCAUUUGUGCAAAAAAAUAAUGGAGGCUAAUCCUGGUAGUAUAACCACAUUGGCUGCAUCAGUUGAUUCGAAGGUACGUCGUGUAUUUGUCUCUUUACAUGCCUCUCUUCAUGGUUUUGAGCAUGGGUGUCGGCCUCUUCUUUUUCUUGAUAGAAUUCCUCUAAAAGCAAAUAAUCAGUGGAAGUUAUUAGGUGCAGCUGCGAUGGAUGGAGAUGAUUGUAUCUUCCCAGUUGCCUUUGCUGCUGUGGAAGCUGAAACUCACAAUAGUUGGCAUUGGUUCUUAGUGCAGUUAAAACAUGCAGUAUCAAGAUCUUGUAAUAUGACGAUUGUGUCUUGCAGACAGAAGGGGCUAGAUGAGUCUGUGCCUAGAGUUUUUGAGGAUAGUUACCAUGCCUAUUCUCUGUUCCAUCUAAUUGAGGAAUUGAAAGCAGAAUUGAAGAAGAGUUCUUGUUCAGAACAAGAUAAGCAUGCAAUUGUCGAGGAUUUCAAAAGUGCUGCCCAAGCUUAUGCAGUUGAUGACUUUAAUGCAUGCAUUGGUAGAAUUGAAAAUAUUUCGAGGGAUGUUGCUGAAUGGGUACUGUCUACUAAGCCCGAACAUUGGUCAAAUGCCUUAUUUCGAGGUUCACGGUAUGAUCAUCUCUCACCAAACAUUGUAGAUUCAUUAAGCAGAUGGAUUGCAGUGAAAGACGAGUUGACAAUUGUGCAAUUGAUUGGUGCAUUGCUUGCUAAGACAAAGGAUGUUAUGGAUUCUCGUAGGCAAACUUCUAGCACAUGGGCUGGAACACUGACACCAUCAAUGGAGCAAAAACUGCAGAAAGAGAUCCCCAAGGCCCGAAUGCUCCUUGUUGUAUGUUCUUCUGAUUCUGUAUUUGAGGUUCGUGGUAGUUCAAUAAACGUUGUUAAUAUUGCUAGCUGGGAGUGCACAUGCCAGAGGUGGCAGCUUACAGGCUUGCCGUGCUUGCAUGCUAUUGCAGUCUUUAAUCGUACUGGUAGAUCUGCUUAUGAAUAUUGCUCUAGAUAUUUCAAAUGUGAAAGUUAUCGUUUGACCUAUUCAGCAUCAAUCAACCUGGUACCAGAUAUUGAGAGCAUCAGUUCUGUAGUUGGUGCAAAUUCAUAUCCCCCUCAUGCCCAGCGCCCGCCAGGACGGCGAAAGAGAAAGCGAAUUAAUCCUCAUAAGACCAGUAUUAGGCCACUCCACUGCAGUAGGUGCAAGGAGGCUGGUCACAACAAGGCAACGUGUGAAGUGCAGUUGUAGAUUCAUGUUAUAUCUAAGUUAUAUUGUAUCUUCUUUUGACCUUUGGAAAAUCAUCUGUGAAGCAUGGCGUUGUUGUUUUUUUUCUCCUGACAUCGCAAGCUGUUUUUGCUUGUCUAAGGCUUAUAGAUGUAUCAUUUAUCCUCUUUUUUUUUUUUUCCUUUUCGUCUCAUUGUUAUAAUUAGAUGUCACGCAAGCUCAACAUGAAAUGAGCACCCCUUUCUUUUCA